ACAAAUGAAGUUGUCCCUUUCUAAUACAGCUUCUUUUUCGUGGGCAAUAAGGAAGCCGAGAAGCCAAUGAAGGCCCUGCGGAAGCUGUUGGCUGUGCAUCUUGCACGCCCCACAGGCUGCGUUACACGUGUAAACAUGAGCAGCAUGGACAGAGCCAAAGUCAUUUCCUAUGAGGAUAUGAAGGAGCUGGUGACCAAAGGGGAUGCUCAUAUUUUUGACGUGCGCUCGCCAGAAGAAGUAGCCAAUGGGAAAAUUGCCAAUUCUGUUAAUAUCCCAGUUGCGGAGGUAGAAGAGGCUUUCAAAAUGGACCCGGAAACAUUUAAGAUGAAGUAUGGGGUGAAUAAGCCACCAUUGGAUGAUGAAAACCUGGUUUUCCAUUGCCAGAUUGGCAAAAGAGGGGCCCGGGCCGCAGAAAUAGCUUUGGCGCUCGGCUAUGCCAAGGCUCGCAACUAUGCUGGAGGCUUCAAGGAGUGGUUGGAGAAAGAAGGAAAGUGAGGUAUGAAGGGAUCCUGGAUCCUUCGUGGCAGACUUCAGUCUCCAGGAAAGCUGGUGGCUUGCCUUGUCCUGAAGAUUCAUCCGCUUCUUUUCCUGUUCUCUGGCGCCAAAACGGGAUGUCAAAGAUUUUGGUGAGCUCCUUAACUAAAAUGCAGACCUUCCUUGGAGCUAGAGAUCACCAGGACUGGUUCUACUCUUUCUGCUCCCGUCUUCAUCAAGGAACUAAGUUUGGGAGUGGAUGGGCCCAGAUUUGGGACAUUUUCAGUAGUGGUUCCAUUGUUAUUGAAUACUGCCCCCCCUACCCCCGGAGGAUAGGCUGUUACGUCAAGGUAUUAUGGGGUGUGAAAUUCUUCUGAUAGAUUCAAGCGCUUUGAAGGCCAUAAGAUGGAAUCCAGUAUGUGUUGAUCUCAAUUAUAAUUGUGUCUUUACCAUCA